UUGAAUCGGUAGUGUACGAGAAGUCGCGCGCGAUGGCAAAAUCGCAAAACAGGGCGAAAUGGCGCAACUCUUUGGUCUUUUAUUAGAAACUGAACACACCAAACAGGAACCUUAAGGUGUCUUUAAAAAAGAGAUGGACGAGCAUGGAGAUGUGUGUAAGUUGGAGAUUUCUUAUAGUGAAGCUAAAGUACGAGGAAAACAGACGAUACAGAAUCAAGAUGAGAGGGCUGAUAAUUGUGUUCCUGGUGGUCGAGUUAUUGGGGGGACUGGGAGAGCCGUGCAAACUCACACCCAAGCUCCAACAACGCCAGCGCAAGUCAACCAUUACGGGACUGUACGGGAUGUCCCGCUCGCUGACAGUCACAACCCUCCGGGCGCACAGUCAGUUGAGAAAAUUGAACAGCAUCCCCGACUUUCAUUGCGCUGAGUAUGCGCCGAUAAAGGAUAAAGUGGGACAACAAAUGAACGUCACCAACACAACCAUGUUAAACAGAGGUGCAGCGCUGGCGUAUCACAAGGCGGUGUUGUCAAGCUUCAGUGAAGAGAUGGCAGGGGAUUCACUUGUGAUCACGCCACAAUAUGUCAGUCUGAGGCGUGUGCUGUUCAACGUGCGGACAGUUAUGAAAAUCAUACAAACUGCAAUGCUACAGGAGAAAACACUUCAUGACUCAUGGUCACUACCGCCGAAGCCAACUCUCACAGUGCACACUACUAGCACCGGCGAGCAGCUGACAGCCAAGGCAGCGCUGAACCGAGUUGGCUGUCGAUUAGCAGAGCUGAAUUCGUUUGCCUAUCAAAUGGCAGCUGACUACCACAGGCAAGCAAGACAGCUGCCUUUAUAGUUUAUCAUUUACUGUUUUGCACUCAAGGAGUGAUUAAGUAAAAUAAGAUACUUUGGUAAUUCAAGAUUAAUCAUUUUUCUUGAUUUUUUAGACUUUAUCAUGGAGAUGCAUUAUUUGUGAAAUGAUCAAUGUAAGAUCCAGUGGAGCCCGGUUAACUAGAUCUCUUUUUAGGGAAAGAUAUUGUUCGAUUAAGUAGGGAAGCUCUCGCUCUUAAUUUGUAUUAUGCGGUUCCAUUGUUUUUAGAUUUGUGAGAUUCUAUUUAUUGAAUAAAACUAUAACUUUAA